AUGAGUUUAUUAAAAACCAAACAUGAACGCUCCACAAAUUUUAUCGACAGCGAACUGCAACUCCUUGUCGACCUGGUGGCUAAUCAAAAACAUAUUUUGGAAAACAAAAAAACAGAUGCCGUAACAGCAAACCUAAAGAAUAAGACAUGGGAAGCAUUAUCAAAUAAAUUUAAUUGCAAAAGCCUAAAUGGAUAUCGUAGUCCAAAAUGUUUAAAAUUUAAAUAUGACAAUUUAAAAAAAAAUGUAAAAAUUAAGUUGCGAGAUGUUAAAUCAAAACCCUGUGUAACAGGAGGAGGACCUCCUAUUCCAUUAAAAGCACUCGGCCAAUUAUCCCCUAUGGAAGAACAACUAAGAUCUUUAAACCCUCUAGCUUUUAGUGGUACAGUAUCAGCAUUCGACAGUGACAGAAUUAAAGAUUCAAAUACAUCCAGACAUGAAAUGCUUGUACAAGAUUAUGAGAAAACUGACAGUGAUGUAAGUGAUUAA